GUAUGCCCACCUAAUAAUAACGAAAAAGAGCGAUUCUCAUCGUUCGCGCGCAAUUGGUCGUCAUCGCCAUCGCGAUAAUAGUGACUUGUGAUAACAUCGAUAACGUGUUACAUGUAUUAUUUACUCGAGACGGUCUCUUACGGUGUGAGUAAAUUGCUAAAUACAGAUGAUACAACAGGCCGGAAAUUACCCGCGCGGAAGUGAAAAAGUGAUGCGUUGUCGGACUUACGUGCGAAUGUGGCAACGCCGCACCUCUUGACUAUCACGUAGUGUAGGUGUUAGUUUGACCUUGUCAAUUGAGACAAAAAAAAGUGCACCGACGACAACAAUCACAACGGCGACAUCAAAAGCGAGGCGGGACUAAAAAAUAAUGGCGUCUAGACGCUUUCUGUCGAUAUCGACGAAGAGCCUGGGAAAAAUAAUGACCACGUUUCCAAGAAUGGGCAGUUUCAGUUCCGCCCCGAGAAUUUCGAACGGCGACGUUCAAGACAACGACAUCGUUCUGCCGAAAAACCUAAGCAGGGACGAGUUGCUGCAGUUCUGCAAGAAACGACCAUACGGCCAGAUGAUGUUCAAGCGAGCUUUCAAGAAAACCAGGAGUAUGAACGGGGACUGUUACGAACUCAAGUAUAAGAAACUUAACGCCGUCACUGAAGUGUGCAGCGAUUAUCUCAGCGGUCCCCACAACUUGAGAGUGUUUCAGUGGAACAUCCUUUCUCAAGCGCUAGGCAAAAUGAACGACAACUUCGCGAGGUGUCCCGACGAGGCGUUGGAUUGGAACCACCGGAAGUACCUGAUCAUAGAAGAAAUCGUCGAAUACUGCCCCGAUAUAAUAUGUCUGCAGGAAGUCGACCACUUUAACUUUUUAAAGCACGUCCUGGGCACCCAGGGGUACUGCGGUAUGUUUUUCCCCAAGCCGGAUUCGCCGUGCUUCUACAUACACGGUAACAACGGUCCCGAUGGGUGCGCCAUCUUUUACAAGAAAGACAAGUUCGAUCUGACGAGGGCCGAGACAAGAAUACUCGAAAUUUGGACCAUCCAGAGCAACCAAGUGGCGAUAUUGGUGAACUUAAAAAUAAAAGAAAGUGGACAAGAAAUCUGCGUGGCGACUACGCAUCUUAAAGCGAGGCACAGCGCCCUCUUGGCCACAUUACGCAACGAACAGGGAAAAGAUUUGGUUCAGUUCUUGCAGCGGCAUUGCGAAGACAGACCUUUAAUAGUAUGCGGCGACUUUAACGCCGAACCUAGCGAACCUGUUUACACGACGAUGCUCAAAAGUAGGGAGGACAUGGCCAGCGCUUAUGCAGACUGUGAUAUUAACUCUAGGCUCACCUCUCGGGAGAGGGAACCUCUCUAUACGACUUGGAAAAUUAGAGAGGAAGGUGAAAUUUGUCACACCAUCGAUUACAUUUUCUAUGGCAAAGAUAAACUGGAGGUGGAGAGUGUAUUGGAAAUACCAUCCGGAGAGGAUAUCGGUGAAGAUCGGGUACCGUCUCUCUCGUAUCCAUCCGAUCAUUUCUCGUUAGUGUGCGACUUUAAAAUAAGGACCGAUGGUGAUAAUUAAGUGUUAUCUGCGCUGCUAACAUGAUGGGCCGAAUAGAACUGUGAUGAUUUUUGCCUUAACUAAUUUCAGCGUUUUAGUAACAAAAGGGUCAUUGUAUUAUGAAGAUUUUCUGUUGUUUUUUAAGUAUAAGUAAAUUUUGUGAUAAAUAAAUUAAUACCUAUGUUGAUAAUAAAUAUUUAAGUCAAAAAGUGCAAGGUUUGAUUUUACAUGACGUCAUUAGGCACCGCGACAUAAACGUGGUAAAUACAACCGCUGUGUGACAGCCAUCGACUGACUUUUCUGUGAAUUUGAAUGUGUUUUUCAUAUAUUUGAGAGAUAUAUGAAUACCAUAGACAACUAUAUUAAAUUGGCUGUAGAUGGGAAACUUUACUCUUGGAGAAUUGAAACAGCAUCACUGACGCCAUCUAGCGCGAUGUAAGAAACUAAUAGAGAAGUUCAGAACCAAAACACAAAGGGGCCUAACUUGGUUUUUCUUAUUUUUGAGGAGCAGUGGUUAAAGACUUUUUUGCUAUUCUUGAUUAAGUGCUAACCGAAGUUCUUUUUUGGACAAUAUGUAUAUGCGAGCAGGUACCAUUUAACUAUGUCAAGUAGAUAUUUUUUUCGUUUUAAUUAUUGAGAUUUUUACAAAAAAAAAAGAUAAGCCAAUUCGUGAUAUGGGCCAGGGUAUGGGCAAAUGAUUGCACUCAAAAACUAGUAAACUAAAUAUUACUAAAAUUAAAAAUGGGUAUUGUGAAUGGUUCUUAAAAUCCCUAUAUACAGAGGGGACACCGAUUUUGAGAUACUUUUACUUAU